AGAAGAACCUCUUCAUACUUCAUCUUCACUUCUUAGAUGGAGGAAGGAGGACGAGGCGGUGUGUGCGAAACAAAGAGCAACUCGGACUGGGCCGAGUUGACUCACGAAUGCUUAACGAACAUACUGUCGAGGUUGAGCUUCGAGGACCGAUGGAGAGGAACCAUGCUUGUCUGCAAGUCGUGGCUCCACGCCUGCAAAGACCCUUGUUUCUUCUCCGCCUUCGACCUCGAAUCCCAAUUCGAAUCUUCUGUCACCGAGUCUCCUCUUUGGUGGUCUCCCGAAUUCGAGAGGAAGAUCGACGCCAUGCUCCUUUCUGUUGUUGAUUGGAGCGCUGCAGCUCUCAAGGAGAUUCGUGUCAGGCACUGUUCUGAUUAUUCUCUCGCUUUUGUGGCCGAAAGGUGCCCAAACCUGGAAGUUCUUUCAAUCAAGAGCUGCCCAAAUGUUACUAAUACGUCUCUUUCCAAGAUAGCAUCUGGGUGCCCAAUGCUUAAGGAACUUGACAUCAGCUACUGCUAUGAAGUCUCUUACGAAUCGCUAGAGAUGAUUGGAAGGAAGUGCCCAAACCUCAGAGUUUUUAAACGGAACCUGAUGAAUUGGAUUGACCCUUCCCAACACCGUGGAGUUGUCCCGGAUGAAUAUCUCAAUGCUUGCCCUCAAGAUGGGGAUGUAGAGGCUGCUGCAAUUGGAAAGUUCAUGCCUCUUCUGGAACAGCUUGAGCUCCGGUUCUCAAAGUUGUCAGCCAGUGGCCUUGGUGCAAUCUCUGAAGGUUGCCUGAACUUGGGAUACUUGGAUCUGUUCGGGUGUGCAAACUUGACUAGCCGGGAUAUGGCAAAUGCAUCGGCAAACCUGAAGAACUUGCAGAAGAUUGUGAAACCCAAUUUUUACAUUCCUAGGUCAGUCUUCCACACUGAGAGGUAUGGCCAUUGGAGGUUGUAUGACGAGCGGUUCCAAACAGAUAUUUUUCGGAUUUAGUCAAUGAGAGAGAAAAUUCUCUGGUGACUCCAGACACAAUUGUUUAUGCUUUCUCUAACCAAGAGGAACUCAUCUUGCAUACCAUGAUGAACUGACCUCAUGACGUGGGGUCAGGUAC